GAAGCAGCGCGCGAGUGCACGUUUACCAAGAGUGUCUCUGACUCGGCCUCCGAUAAUAAUAAGCGGUAUACUCUACAGCGUACAUAAACCCCGUUGAAUCACAACCCGUGUAACACGCUGGGAUAAAACGUUGACUUCGGUCCUUGUUUAUUUGUGCCCUGAUACCUAUCAGUGCGUGUGAACAUCAAAUCGAAGUAACCGCGAUUUCCUGUAAGCGCUGAUUGGUCGCUGAAAUCAAAUCGGAGGUUCCGCCUAUAUCACGUGACGUCAUCUCAACAACAAGGAAACUGCAGCGAUUGACAUCGAGUUCAGCCGGCGGAGAGUGUGUCUCGUGUUAACGCUAUACGCUCAAUAAGGCAUAUGAAAGCAACGCGUUGGUCGCUUACACAUAUCGAGUCCAGCGAGUAAACAUCAAAUGUACCAGACUUAAUGAUUGUUGAACGUAUCCAGACGGAGGAAAGGUCGACCACUGUCGAAUAUCGCAUUAAGUAUCGACAGAGUCGUAUGUCACGUGUGAACUAAUACAUCCAAAAGGAGAAGUGGUUUCCCUGUUGUGAUGAUUAGUUUUCCAGGCCACCAAUGGAAGAAGAUCCACUGAAAGCUUCUCUUGCUCCCAAUGCCUCCACUCUGCCUCCCCCUGUGCCCCUCCGUCCUGCUGUAGCUCCCUACGUCCAGCUUGGCUUUACCAUCCUCUACACGUCCUUGUACUCUGGCCUCUUCCUCGUGGUUUAUGCCCAGCUCUGGCUUCUCUACAUAUACAGACACAAGCGAUGGAGUUAUCAGAGUGUCUUUCUUUUUCUCUGCCUGCUGUGGGCGGCCCUGCGUACCACUCUUUUCUCCUUCUACUUCCGCAACUCCCUGGAAGCCAACCACCUUCCUGUCGCGGCCUACUGGGUGCUCUACUGCUUCCCAGUUUGUCUUCAGUUCUUCACGUUCAGUCUCAUUAACCUGUAUUUUACCCAGGUGCUGCUGAAAGCAAGAGGGACGUGCAGUGCAGAAGCAGCGCGGCACAUGUGGCUGGCUCGGGGAAUAUAUGGUGUGAUGAGCAUCAUCUUCCUCAGUGUUAAUGUGGUGUGCGCUAUUCUUGGCGAGCAAGAUCGAAGAGGCUCAGGAGACCAGACCUGGAACCUAGUUCUGAUCAGAGUCCUGGUCAAUGACUUGCUCUUCAUCCUGGACGCUGUGCUGUUGGCCUCAUUGUUGUUGCUGCUGACUCGACACUCUCGCACCAUGAGUCUUUACCUGACCAGCAAGGGGACCACAGUGUGGCGCACUGCAGCACUUGGAGCCGCUGUGAUUCUGUUGUUCACCAGCCGAGCUUGCUACAAUCUGACUGUGCUGUUCAUGUCCCUGAACAACCACGUGGAGGCCUUCAACUUCAACUGGUACAACGUCUCGGAUCAGGCUGACCUGCACAAUGACCUUGGGGACUGUGGCUUCCUUGUCUUUGGAGCGAUCCUCUUUAUCUGGGAGCUCCUGCCGACCAGUUUGCUCAUCCUCAUCUUCAGAGUCCGGCAACCUCAACAAGAGGGCGGCCAUGUCAACGGCAGUAGCAGAGCCCUCCCUCGUCCCUAUUUUUUUGAUGACCCUCAAGGCAGUCAGGAGGACAUUGUAAUUCCAAGGGGUCACAUGUCUCACCCGCACUUAAGCUGGUAUGGAUCAGAGACGGCUCCUCUCCUUUUUGCAAGUAGCCGAUCGCCUGUUCACCACCAGCACCACUCCCUCUACUCCACUCCCCAAUACUGACCUGUGGGCUUGUGUCCUGGAUGACGGACAUCUUUGUCCUGACUGGUUUUUGCACAGUGGUCCUGUCCAGAUUCUUUUGCACUUUCACCAGAAACCUCCAAAGCUGAAAGGGACCAAACUUUUGGAAGAGGACAUCACUGGGAAUUCAUGACUUAAUAUCUGUAGCUUUCAAUGAGCAGCACCUUUUGAUUUUCUUGUUUUAAAUUUCUCUUUUUAUAAUUGUGGCAUUUGUGGUGCUCUUUGUGAUAACAUGAUUCCACACCAACAGCUGCCCUCUGAUCACACACUUCCACCUCAUAGCUAUGGAUAUUGCUUGAGAGAACAGUUUUGACGUUUAACUUAUUAAAUAUGUUUUUUGGUCGUUGCUCCACCAGUCACUGACCUGGCCUGUUAUCAGUGUGUGCAAACAGCUGCUCGCGAGGCAGAUGUCACAAGAGAAAAGCUGAUAAAAUGUUCUUUUAUUCACUUCCCUGUUGUUGUUGUGCGUCAUUAAAGACGACUGUCCAACUCAUCUG